AUGGAUGCUGUCGCCCGCUCAAGGGACUGCAUCGGCAGUUCAAAUGCCAGAAAUUCAUCACUCUCUACGAUUUCCUACUCUCGUUCAUCUUCGCGCUCCUGGUCGCGUGCCAGCGUGCCUCUCCGACCUGCAAAAUUCCUUGGGCUACUUUACCAUGGUCUCUUAAUUAUAAUGCUUAUUCUUUGUUUCUCGCCAAUAUCAUCACUGGCGCAACCAACAACCGGCAUAUCAGAUCUAACCCCGGAUGGCCCCCGAUCGGCAUUGGGGCCUAGUGGGGAGAUUAACCGAGUUGAUCAUGCCGAAGGAUUCUGGACAUUCCAGCCCCGUGAAAACUCACAAGUCAAUGAAGACAGUAACGAGUUGGAGCCCAUUCCAGGCAUUGAUCGCAAGGGUGGCUCCUUGCUGCAACGAAGCAUUGCGACGGCCGACAACUCGUCAUCUAGCGAGCUGCCCUCCGCAUUCGACACCCUCUCUAAUAACUUCGCCAACGCUACCUGCGUCGCCUUCUUUGAUAAUUUCCGCUCCAACUCGUCAUUCAUCGACUGCCAUGCAGUGUCGCUCCUUCUCAGCAAUUCAAACUCGUUUUUCCACACGUUGACCUCCGCCGUGGCUACCUCUCAUGUGCUCGACGUUGCAUGCGCGCAAUCGGUUGACAAGUGUUCAUCGAUCAUGAAAUCACUGGCCAAGGAAAUGCUCCAAGAUGAUAAUUGCGGCCAGGAUUACGAGUCGAACAAUGGACUUGUUCAUAGUGUUUAUCAAGAGUUUAUGGCAUAUGAACCUCUGUACCGCGCCUCCUGUCUGACCAACCCGGACACCAAGGACUACUGCUUCGUCGAUGCCGUUACCAACACGUCGGCCCCGAAUGAUUAUAAUGUUUAUUUCAUCCCCACUGGCAGCACCUUGAGUUCGUCGGGGAAUCUUACCUGCAACGAAUGCUUACAAGCCACUAUGAAAAUCUUCGCCAAAUGGGCCACCGUCGACGACCAGGCUCUCGACACCACUUACGUACCGUCUGCUAAAGUGGUCAAUGGUUACUGUGGCUCCAAAUUUGCCACUACCAAUGUCACUGUUGGCUCUGACAAGGUGACCGUCGGCUCAGGACAGGCGAUGCAAUUACCGAAUUUCAGGCUUAUCGCUUCGUUAUUUGGCAUCGUUCUCGGGACCAUGAUGGUGGGGGUAUUUUGA